UUACAAACACUUUGGCCAAAAGAUGGAUAUGCUCAAUGUGAAUGGAGAGCAUGUUAAUGAGCUGCUUCAAGCUCAAGCUCACGUAUGGAACCACAUUUUCAACUUCAUAAACUCCAUGUCUCUAAAAUGUGCAAUUGAUUUAGGCAUUCCCGAUAUCAUUCAAAACCACGGCAAGCCCAUGACCCUUACGGAGCUGGUUGCUGCACUACCGACGAUCAACACUUCCAAAGCAUGCAGCAUCUACCGGCUCAUGCGCAUUCUAGUUCACUCGGGCUUCUUUGCACAUCAAAAGCUUGACAAAAAUGGCGAAGAAGAAGGGUAUGUUCUUACCAACGCUUCUCGUCUCCUGCUCAAGGGAUAUCCUUUCAGUGUAACACCGUUUUUGAAAGCUAUGUUGGAUCCCAUUUUAACAAAGCCUUGGCAUUUUCUAGGCACCUGGUUCCAAAAUGAUGAUCCUACCCCAUUUGAUACUGCGCAUGGGAAGACAUUUUGGGACUAUGGUGGCCAUGACCCAAAGCUUUGCAAUUUUUUUAAUGAGGCCAUGGCUAGCGAUGCUCGAUUGGUUACUAGCGUUCUGAUUGACAAGUGUAAGGGGGCUUUUAAGGGAUUGAAAUCCCUGGUGGAUGUUGGAGGUGGCACAGGAACCAUAGCCAAGGCCAUUGCGGAAGCAUUUCCACAUUUGGAGUGCACUGUGUUUGAUCUUCCUCAUGUUGUUGCUGGUCUGGAAGGCCGUGGAAACUUGAAAUAUGUUGGAGGGGACAUGUUUGACGCUGUUCCAGCCUCAGACGCAGUUUUACUAAAGUGGAUAUUGCACGACUGGACUGAUGAAGAAUGCUUGACGAUUCUAAAGCGAUGUAAGGAGGCAAUUUCAAGCCAUGACAAGGUGAGAGGGAAGGUGAUUAUAAUAGACAUGGUAUUGAUAGAGAAUCAGAAAGCGAAUGAUCAAGCCACCAUUGAAACGCAGCUCUUCUUCGACAUGCUGAUGAUGGUGUUAGUCACUGGAAGAGAGAGGAAGGAGGAAGAAUGGGCUAAGCUGUUUUAUGCUGCUGGUUUUAGUGACUAUAAAAUUACUCCUAUACUUGGUUUAAGAUCUCUCAUUGAGGUUUAUCCCUAAAAGGGUUGUUGCUUUUUUUUAUUAUAUACUUGUAUCUCCACUUCUAUUGUCUUAAUCCUAUGAUCCUUUAUGAAAUAAAAACAUCACUUCACUUUAAUCAGAUUUAUUGUUUCAAUUCAUUUUGGAAUCGUUGAUGUUGCUAAUUACUAGUACUAGCAUUCCCUUUCAAUUUGU